CCUUCAGCACCAUCAUGUGUGAUGAUGUAUCUGAGUUAGUGUUGACCUACACCGGGUACUCCUCUGAAACAAUUAUAACAUUGACCACUUGGUGGCGCCAAAUCACUGUAAAGAUGCCUGUGUUCGUUUUGACUUUAAGUCCAAGUGUGACUACAACAAGCUCCCUCUAGAAGUGAACAGAUGUCUGUUGAUUAUGGGAUGUUGUAUGAAUGGUAACUUUCUUCCAACCAGGAGGUAAUCUUCUCUGUGCGGCCUGACCAUGUGACCUCUCUCCUACUCCGUCUCACUCAUCCUCUUAGAGCAGCUUUCUGGUCAAAUCGCCUCAGACCACAGAGCUGCCGGUCUGCUGGAGCGUCAGUCGACGGUCUGUGGAGCAGUGAGGAGCAGUGAGGAGCAGUGAGGAGCAGCAGGAGAGACAUGGCCGGUCCUGGACAGAAGGUGGUGCUGAUCACGGGCUGCUCCUCCGGCAUCGGCCUGAGGAUGGCUGUGAUGCUGGCCAAAGAUGAGCAGAGGCGUUACCAUGUCAUUGCCACCAUGCGUGACCUAAAGCGUAAAGAUAAACUGGUGGAAGCAGCCGGGGACACGUACGGGAAAACUCUGUCUCUGGCUGUGCUGGACGUCUGCAGCGACGAGUCUGUCAAACAGUGUGUCGACAGCAUCAAAGAUCGGCACGUUGAUGUCCUUAUCAAUAACGCAGGUAUCGGCCUGGUGGGUCCUGUGGAGAGCAUUCCCAUUGAGGAGAUGAAGAAAGUCUUUGAGACCAAUGUCUUUGGAGUCAUCCGCAUGAUAAAGGAGGUGAUGCCUGACAUGAAGAAGAGAAGAGGUGGACACAUCAUCGUGGUCAGCAGUGUGAUGGGACUGCAAGGUGUGGUGUUUAACGACGUGUACGCAGCGUCUAAGUUUGCCAUGGAAGGUUUCUGUGAGAGUUUAGCUGUGCAGCUGCUGAAGUUUGAUGUCACACUGUCCUUGAUUGAGCCUGGACCAGUUCACACAGAAUUCGAAGCAAAGAUGAUUCAGGAGGUGAGGCAGAGAGACUGCCCCGGCGCUGACCCCGACACGGUUCACUAUUUCAAAAAUGUCUACCUUCCUUCUUCUAUGGACAUCUUUGAGGUUAUGGGGCAGACGCCUGAUGACAUCGCCAGAUGCACAAAGAAAGUGAUCGAAGCAGCAAAUCCACGUUUCCGCAAUCUGACCAACCCCAUGUACACACCUAUUGUGGCACUGAAAUACGCUGAUGAGACUGGAGGUCUGUCUGUCCAUGCCUUCUACCACAUGCUCUUCAACAUGGGAACCCUAAUGCACAUCAGCAUGUCUGUGAUGAAGUACCUGACAUGUGGAUGUCUGAGGAGCAGGACCAUUUCACCAAACUGAAACCUCAUGUCUUACAUAAGCAUUUUGAAUAAAACAAACAUUUGACAUAGGAUUUUGACUUAUAAAGUAGGUCAUUUAAUAAUUUCUUCAUAUGUUUCAUUAGUUGUUAAGAAAGAAACUGCUUACAUGCAUUCUUCAUUUAAAUUCAUGAUCUGCCUAAUUCACACUUUUAGUAAUAUGUGAACUAACACUUAAAGUUACAUUCACGUCAUAACAUGACCGUACUCUGUGUGUGUGUGUAAUGGUAAUGUUUAGGUAACCUUUUCCAGAGUGCCAAAUGUGCAAAUUAUUACUUAAACUACAAGGAUAAAUCUAUUUUAUUCAUAUAUUCUGUUACUAUUACUUCAUACUUUGUACUGUGUGAAGAUAAUUAACAGAUAUUAGUUGAUAAAUUGUUGUUCCUUUGCGUUUGAUAACACAAA